AGCGUCGAGAAAAGAGAGAUGGGAAGGUGCAGGAAUCGAGAAAAGAGAUUGAAACCCUAAUCUGGGGGCAGAAAGAUGAUGAGGAUGAGGAACCUCGGAUCUGUGUGUGCGAAGAUGAUGAACAGGAAGGAGUCUACUUGCGGCGGCUUGAAGAGGAUGAUGAACACGGAGGGAAGGAGGAGAUGCUACAGCAGCACUGGGGGAUCGUGUGGAGAAAUCGAAGGGGGAUUGCGAGGCGCUCUCGGGACUGGAUGGAGAACUUUAGCCAGAUGCUCAGCCUUUUACUUUGGAUACAAAUUCUUUGGCGAGUAUCUCAGACCUUACGAUCACCAAUACCUUUAUGAACGUAUUGAGGAGGCGGAUUCUGAUGCGCAAACUUACUUGGAACGGAUGAAUAUUGCUGAGCGUUCGCUUGAUGCUCUCUCGAAGCUAGAAGAGACGUGCUUUGGGCCGACCCACUGAGGAGGACAACUUUCUAAGAUUUUCACUAUCCUGACCAUCAUCUGUGUUAUUUAUAUUACUUAUCUAUGUUUUAAAUUUCAUGCGAUACACUAAUGUGUUGCUCGAAUGUUUCUGUCGAUAUUUGUCUGUCUGUCUGAUGAAUUAACUGAGUAACAACAGUUUAACUAAUCCAGAAACUAUUGAACUGAA